AUGAGGAUAUUUAUUUUAUUUCUACCAAUUUUCAUUCAAUGUCAACAUAUUGAUGAUUUAGUUGACAAACUUCGUCAUUUAGAAUCAUUUGUUGAAAUUCAAGGAGGAAAGUUUCGAAUGGGUAAUAAUGAUCGACAUGGAAUUAAUAUGGAAUUUCCGAUCAAACAAGCACAUGUUAAACCUUUUAGAAUAUUUCAGUAUCCGGUAACAGUUGCCGCUUUUCGUCGUUAUACGCAAGAUAAAACUCGUUAUCGAACUCAAGCAGAAAUCAAUGGAUUUAGUUUUAUUUUAGGAAAUUCAACAAAUAAAUCUAUCGUUAAUAUUACUUCUGAAGAUGAAGGUUUUAUUGCUGUUGAAAAUAUUCAUUGGAAUCGUCCUGAAGGUGAAUUAAUUGAUAUAUCUGAUCGUUUAAAAUAUCCUGUAACACAUGUAUCAUGGUAUGAUGCUCAAGCAUAUUGUUCUUGGAAAGGAAUGAGAUUACCAACAGAAAUUGAAUGGGAAUAUGCAGCACGGGGUGGACUUGAUUCAACUGCUUAUCCAUGGGGAGAUUUAUGGCAAUUAAAACGAGCUAAUCUAUGGCAAGGACAAUUUCCAUAUGAAAAUCAAUUACGAGAUGGAUUUUAUCGUUUAUCACCUGUUGAUGCUUUUUCUUCACAAAAUAAUUAUCAAAUUUAUGAUAUGUUAGGAAAUACUUGGGAAUGGACUUUAACUAAAUAUAGAGAUUAUGAUGAUGAGAAUGAUACUAAAGAACGAUAUGCAGUUAAAGGUGGUUCAUUUACUGAUACACGUGAUGGUGAUACUAAAAUAGAUCAUAUUCAAGUGAGAACAAGUGCAAGAAAAGGUUUUCGUCCUGAUUAUACAGCAGAAAAUUUAUCUUUUCGUUGUGCACAAUCUAUUGAUACAAAUACAAAACUAAAUAAAGGUUAUGAAGUUAUUCGUCUUCGUCCACCUAUUCAUCAUCAUUCAAAUGAACCACAUGAACAUAUACAUCAUAAAGAUGAACUUUAA